GACGGAUGAACUGGUCCCCACGCCUGCGGCGGUCCGUGUCGAAGAGCAUACAUUAUCUUCCCCGUGUCGCCCUAUAUAUCCAAACCCUCCACUACUCCCCUCACUCCUUCACCGUUACUUCAAGGCUAUUUCCGGCUGUAGUCCGGCGAUAAUACAACCAUACAUAUAUAGUAAGAAAUAGGAGAAAUGCCGACCAGCUAUGGCGACCAGCAGCAGAAGAAUCGGGCGCUUUCGACCCGAUUGCUCGAUCCGGGUGAAGUAGCAGUAGAAGAAAGGGCAUAUGAUACUUCGGAGAAAGUCCACGUAAUCGGAGUCGACGAGCCUGAAGCAGAGGACGACUACACCAAGACGCCGCCAUUUUCAUGGAAGAAGCUCUGGCUCUUCACCGGACCCGGAUUUCUGAUGAGCAUCGCCUUUCUCGACCCCGGGAACCUGGAGAGCGAUCUCCAGGCAGGUGCGAUUGCGGGGUACUCCUUGCUGUGGCUGCUCCUGUGGGCCACGGCUAUGGGCCUUCUGGUCCAGCUCCUUUCGGCCCGGCUCGGGGUGGCCACCGGAAAACACCUGGCGGAGCUCUGCCGGGAUGAGUACCCCAGGUGGACCAGGCUUCUGCUGUGGAUCAUGACUGAGCUUGCCCUGAUUGGGGCUGAUAUCCAGGAGGUGAUUGGCAGCGCUAUUGCCAUCAAGAUUCUCAGUAAAGGGUUCCUGCCUCUCUGGGCUGGUGUUGUGAUUACUGCUUCUGACUGCUUCAUCUUUCUAUUUCUCGAGAACUAUGGUGUGAGGAAGUUAGAAGCACUUUUUGCUGUCCUUAUUGCUGUUAUGGCACUCUCUUUUGCUUGGAUGUUUGGGGACACAAAACCCAGUGGUGUUCAGCUUCUUCUUGGUAAGAGCACCCCCACCACCAUCUUGUUGAAACCUUCAAUUUCUCAAGAAAAGGUUCAGAAUUCCGGAAUUACCUCUUAAUUGAAUAAGGGAGGAUAGCUCAUACAUCAUGGCUUGAGGUGUUUUGAUCCCAAAGCUUGGCUCCAAAACAAUAAAGCAGGCAGUGGGCGUUGUGGGGUGCAUCAUCAUGCCUCACAAUGUAUUCCUACAUUCUGCUUUAGUUCAAUCUAGAGAUGUGGACACCCGGAAGCCCGGCAGAGUCCGAGAAGCCAUAAACUACUACUCGAUUGAGUCCGCAGCCGCCCUUGCGAUUUCCUUCAUCAUCAACCUGUUUGUCACAUCUGUGUUUGCCAAGUCAUUCUUUGGAACUGACCAGGCUAACAGCAUUGGGCUGGGGAAUGCAGGGCAGUUUCUUCAGGAUAAGUAUGGUGGUGGGUUGUUUCCCAUUAUGUUCAUAUGGGCUAUUGGGUUGUUGGCUGCAGGGCAAAGUAGUACUAUCACAGGUACCUAUGCUGGGCAGUUUAUUAUGGGAGGCUUCCUUCAUAUGAGCUUGAAGAAAUGGCAAAGGGCAUUGAUAACAAGAAGUUGUGCUAUUAUCCCAACUCUGAUUGUUGCACUCGCCUUUGACACUUCUGAGGUCUUGUUGGAUGUUCUGAAUGAGUGGCUCAAUGUUCUUCAGGCAAUCCAAAUCCCAUUUGCUCUCAUUCCCCUUCUUUGUUUAGUCUCAAAGGAACAGCUCAUGGGUGUUUUCACUAUUGGCCCUAUUCUCAAGGUCAUAUCAUGGCUAGUAGCGAUCUUCCUGAUUGCAAUCAAUGGGUACCUUAUGGUAGACUUUUUCUCCUCAGAAAUUAGAGGAGUGGCCUUUUCUUCUGCCAUAUUCACAUUCACAGCUGCAUAUAUUGCAUUCAUAAUAUACCUUGUUUCACGGGAACUGCCAUUUUCCAAGCCUAGGAAGGAAGCAUCCCAAUUGUAGGGAAUUUGUUCAAGAAACCCUUGAUCAUCAGUCAAAAGUUGUGCUUUGCUGAAUGCUGACUAAGUGGGAUAUAUUGGAUAAGGAAGAAAAUUUGGGCCCUGAAAGCUACUUAUUAUUAUAUAUAUUAGCCUGUACGGCUAGCAGUAGCAUGGUAUGUUGAGUGCCUUUAUAGAGCCCAAAUGUGAAGAAAUAAAAUCAUUUGAAUCAUUAGAUCCCUUUACUGGGAGUAAUACUAGCAGUCCUUUCCCCUUUUUUGUUUUUCAUUUUUGGUGGAGUAAGGUAAAUUUAGAUGUGACUAUGAGUAGGGAAUUCCACUGAUGUAUUCGCUUAGGUAGGCGAUUUCCUUAAGUGUGUCAUGUUAGCUAAUGAAAUUUAGCUGAAUUAUGUAUGAUUUGUAAUGAACUAUUAAUUGGCAUUCAAAUGAAGAGUUCUUACGUAUGUACUACGUAUUUAUUAUUUUAUUUAUCUAUUUAUUUA